GUCUGCGCCGCCUGUGGCGCGCCCUCGGCCGUCUGCUGGGCCGCCGCCGUGUUCUACCGGCGCUUCUUCGCGGCGCGCUCGCCGGCGGAGUUUGACCCCUUGCUGGUGCUGCUGGCCUGCGUGCACCUCGCCUGCAAGGUCGAGGAGGUCCACGAGGUGACGCUGGACCGCGUGCUCGAGGCCGCCGGCCUCGGCGAGGGCGAGGGCGCCAGGGUAUCGGGCGCCGAGCUGCCCCUCCUGGAGGCCGUGGGUUUCCAGCUCUUCCUGGAGCCGAAGCCGGACGACACUGCUCUUCGCAUGCUGGCGGAAGACGUUCGGAGGGCCGUGCCAGAGGACACCCUCACCGACGCCGGUUGGUGCGAGGCGAUUCGGGGGGACGGGGACAGGAAGGGGGCCGGACUGGCGGAAGCCAGAGGUGCCAACGACAAGCCCAGCCGUCCGCUGAUCACCCAAACACGCUUCUGUCUCUGUUCGCGAACCACCAUGCAGCACGGCAUCGUGGACUCCCAGGCCGUGUUCCAGCAGAGGCUCGAGGAGCUCGGGCUGGGCGACCUUUUCCAGCGCUUUGUCGACCUCGGUUGGGCCUCCUACGGCAACUUCGCGUUUGCUAUGUCCAGCGGCCCUGGUGGUAUAGUCGAGGACGUACGAUUCGGCACAACCAUCGUCAUGCCGCUCUUCCAGAUUGGCCCCGAGGAAAAGCAGCCGCCUAGGACCGCGGCCGUGAGGAGGCUGUUUUUCGAGAGCCACGCGUUGUCCGUGUCCGAGCUGCGGCAUAGGACGGAACGCACCGACCAGGACGCCCCCCGCAAGGUCCCGCAGGCAGAGCGCGAGGCGAGAAAGGAGGUGUUGCGGAAGCGCCUGGCCCCUGGCUUGCAGAUGGAGGGCGAGCUCGACCCUUCCAACGUCCUGGUGGAUCGUUUCGUCCAGAUGGUGGAGGAAAACACUUUGCAGUGGGUGCCCUGGGAAAUGGCGUCCAAGCGUGACCAAGAGCUCACGACGCAGCCAGGAAGAAAAAAAUGGUUCCCAGAUGGCACCGGCACCGUGCGCGAGAGGAACGUCAGUGACCCCAUCGUGGCCGACGUUAGCAACGCCCUCAAGGUGUCCUGGGCGCUCCAGCGGAGGGGUCUGGCCAUGGAGGUGGCCAGGUUAAUGACCUUUGAGGGCCACGAGCUCUUGCGCAACAAGUUGCUUGCAGCUUUGACGCGGGAGGUCCCCGACGACAGGUACGAGCCGCCGACGCUGGACAACUUGCGCAGCGCGGACAAAGAGGUGUGGAAGAAGUUGUCAAGGCUUUGCGCCGGCGGAGUUCGGCCGGCAACAGCCCGGGACCAACUGCCGACAGACAGCCACAUCCAGACGGUCUUCGACUCCGUGGAGGUGAACAUGCUGUUGAUGCCCCUGGCAAAGGCGGGCGCAAGCAGCAGCAAGCGCAAGGCAGAGGCGGCCUGGCAGAACGACGACAACGUUCACAAGCGCAGGAAGGGCGGGAAGGGCGGCGCUUUUGCCCCACCGCCGCAGCCAGCCGCGGAGCCCCGCAAGGGCAAGGACAGGGGAAAAAAGUGGACGCCUGCAAUGCCGAAGGAGCUCCUUGCCCUAGGUGGAGUUCCCCUGCUUCCUGACCGGACGCCCAUCUGCUACGGGUACAACAGCGGGCGGUGCCGCGAGCAGGUGCGCGACGGCAGGUGUGCGCGCGGCAUGCACGUGUGCUGCAGGAAGGGAUGCGGGGGCAAGCACCCCAUCUCGGAGCGCACCAUGCCCAUGUGA